CCGGAGCACUGGGGAGUUCAGGUGAGUCUGCCAUCAGCUCCACAGCUUUGACUGAGUUUCUUGAGAGGCUGCUGAAGAGAUGAAUAAUUUACAACUGCGACUGGCAUCAUGUAAAGAGCUUUAUCACCUGUUGAAUUGUAAACUACAUCCUUGAAGAACCUACUGCUUUAGGUAGCCAGCUGUAGCCGCAACGUGUGACUGCCAGAGGGAGGAAUGCUUCUGAAGUUGAUCUUGCUCUUAGAUGUAGUAGCAUUCCAGAGGAAGAUCAAUCCAAGCAACAUAGACUUCAGAAGCUCAGCCAAUGGCCUUUCAUUUGAGCAGCACAAACACAUAGAGGUUAAGACAUUAAGCCCCGUCUGGAUAUACCAUAUGCGUUCCUGAGGAGUCUCAGUCUGUCCUAAUCUGAAGCUAGUAAAUAAACUAAAUGUCAGCUCUGAUGGUGGGUUAGAGAUCAUAUGGCUUAGCUAAACUACCCUGAGAGACCCAAUCAGUAAUGCAGGGCUAUAGAAUGAAAACUACAGAAGCCAUCUGUUUGUAAUAUAAACAUAUGGAUUGAACACAAUAAAGCUUUGCUUUAAUUUUUAGUCCCUGAAUGAUUACAAUAGCUCCAGUCAGAACAUUUGGAUGACCUUUUGACUGAAUAUUUUUUACAUGUGCCAAUGAAACGACAGGGAAGCACCAAGCACUGCCCUUCAUCUCAACAUUGUUGAAAUGUUUUAAGAGCAAGGGGUACACGUGCCUUUAGAGAAAUAGUCUAUCUCUGAGAAAUUGUGAUAAACCCAAGGGUCAUGUUUUGGUGACUGGGACUUGAAAAAAAAAAAAAAGAGCAAUAUCUGGAUCAGUGAUCGAAAACAGACACAAAUAGACCAGUGGAUAGUCUUCAAGUCUUUACCGGAUUUGCAAUAGAACAUAUCCCAGUUGUGAAAUGUUCUUGGCACUUUUCCAUGGGAACUGCUCCAGAGUGCAAUGACAAGCACCUCCAGGGAGGUCUUGUUAGAGUUUGAAUAAUAUUGUGCAAAUUGAAAGCAAAAGUGCAUUUUUCAGUUCUUCUCUGGGUGUUAGCGGGUCUUCUUCGAUGAUUACAAUGAAGACAAAUGUCCAGAAAAAUGUAGAGCUUUAGUUUCACUUUGAUCCAUGCUUCUUCACAAGUUGUGAGGCAUAAAACAAGCCAGAAGAUCCCAAAACCACCCCUUACAUGCCAAACUUUCACCCCAGCAGAGAAACAGAAAGCUUCUGUCACAUCCAGGCAAGCGUACAGGCAAAGAGGGAACUCAGCAAAAGGAGAAUUUUUACCUUGACGGAGCAGCACAACCAAGCUUUGGAGCAGGGAUGGAGUGUAAGCAUGAGCCGGUGAGGAGAGGGGACAGCUGGGGUGGGCCUACUGCCACAACAUCCUCCACUCUGGACAAGACUGGAGCAGAGAGGUCCCUGGAGGGGACCGACUUCAAGAAAGAGACCCUGGAGAGGCAUAGUACUAACAUCUUGGAGAAAGACGACCACUGUGGGGUUAAAGGAAAGCCAGGCUUAACUUCUUGCAUCGGCCAGAUGGAACGGAAAACAAACCUCAGUAGAAGUGCCAGUUUGUCCGAGAAAGAGCUGAAGGAGGCCCGGACCAAGAGUCAAAUCAUUGCUGCUCAGCUCCAAGCCAAUUCCAACUCUAAAGGUGUCCAGCUCUUCAACCGUCGCAGACAGAGAGUGAAUGCUUUCACACUUGUGAGCGUUGCAGGAGGGGGAUCGGAGGAAUCCAAGAAUGUAAUUGAUUCACCUUCUGACAGUCCACUGACAUGGGACAAACAGCACUCAACUGAGGAGGUGCACAAGGAGUUAAAUCACAGGAAUAGCAAGACAAACCACAGGUGGUCAGCUGGCAGAAUCUGCAGUACUAACCGUGACAUGGAGGAUGCUAGCGAGGUUGCAUGUGAGGAUGUAGUGGAGGAGAGUGGACAAGAAAGACAAUUUCUCCCCGUAAAUGAGAAGGAUGAGGAGCUCUCAGAGGAGCCUACAGAAGCAGUGAAAGAUGAGAUUACUCUUAGAAGUGACAAUACCACUGCUGUUAUAGACAGAGCUGUUCACAUGGAAGCAGGAGCAAAUGGAGUGCACACUGACUCAGUAGACUCCAAUAAAGAAAUCACUAAUGGAUUUAGUAUGCAGUGCAAUGGAAAAGUAGCCAAGACAGUGACAAAACAGCUCUCCAUCAUAAACAGAACAGCUCGGCCAUUUUUCUCUCCAACAACAGUAGGCUCAUCAGAGGCUGUACGUCCAUUGAUGGACAUCCCUUCAGCCCCAUCCUAUGAGUCUCCAUCUUUACCUGCCUUCCAGGAGCCACCUACGGCAACAUACUUUGAACCACAACCUUCAGAUUGCUCAGACCCACCUUUCCCAGUGCACGCAAAACCUGCUUUCUCUCUACCACCUCCACCUUCAUAUCCAACCCCUCCACUCCCCACCUACUCCAGACCUCCUCCUGAUACAUCUCACACUCCGUCACCACAACCUUCUUCCUACUAUAUCCACCCAUCUGCCCCCAGACCCACAUUUGUUCCUGAGCUCUUUAGUGAGAAGAGGUCUACGAAUCCAAUUAGGACAGGCAUCCUUGACAAGGGUCGGAUUCACAGAGGAACCCGUAAAUCGAUGUUUACAUUUCAGGAGAAGCCCAAACUGGCUCCAAAUCCUGAGCUCCUCUCAUUGGUGCAGGGAGCCGAUAAGAAGAAGCAGCAGAAAGCUCAGCCAGAUGCAACACAAGAGGAGGAGCUUCUGGCCCUUGGAGCCGAAGCCUCAAACUUCCUGGCCAAGGAGGAGAACGUUCACGAGGAAGCUUCGGUGCCAGAGUGGGCCUCAAGUUUGAAGAGCUCUAGGACACAUGCCAAGAUGGAGCACAAACCUGAGCAAGCCCUGACCAACGCUUCAGGGAAAGGAGCGGAACUGUUUGCCAAACGCCAGACCAGAAUGGACAGGUACAUUUAUGAUAACAAGGAACGGCGGAGAUCACCUUCUCCUACCAUGUCUUUACCUCCUUCAUGGGUGUAUCCAUCCAAUAUGCCUGGUCGAGUUAAAGCCAUUGUUAACACCUCUAAUGUAAGUACACAGAUUUCAAAGACGCUUCAAGCUCAGCAGGACACUCAUAAAAAGACUCUCCCUGCCAAAAAACCAGCACCCACUCCACCUCCAGAGAUACCCUUGGAGAACGGCUGCACUAAAAUUGAGAUGGAGCUGUCGAGACAUCAGCCAUACCAGCUCAACUCAUCCCUCUUUAUCCUCAACCCAACAAGAGAUCCCUACAGCACUCUCCCAAGAGCUGCCCCACCUCCUAAGCCUGUCAUGACCUGUCACUCCUUCUCCAGGCAAACCUCCCUUCCUGCAAGUUCAUUGCCAUCACCGUACAGCCCUUCUGCUGCUUACAGAUCGGCCCAUUGCUUCUCUCCUCCCAUCACACCACUCAGUUCCAGCACAGUGGGUAGCAUCAGUUCCCCUGUGUCUCCUUUAGCUCCAGAAGGUGUGGCCUCACCUCGCUCUGGUGCUCAAGCUCCACGACCCACCUUCUCUGCCAAGAAAAUUGGUAUCACCCCACAGAUUAAAAAAGACACCCCGGCACCAAUCACAAGCUCUGGAUCCACCACCCCAACGUCCAGGACGUCCAACCUCACUCGACAUUUCACCAGUCCAGAUGUGACCUCCAGUGUGGUCUGGUCCCCCAGCAGCCCUCCUAUGACCUCUACAUCCUCCAGUCCCAUCUACAAGCCCACACCAACCUCCCCUUCACCCAGACCCAUCCAUAAAUCCAUCAUGACAUGCCCUUCCUCAAGCCCCAUCCACAAGCCCAUUGCAACCUCUCCAUCUCCUGGAACCUACUACAAGCCCACGGCCACCUCCCCCGUGUCUCCACCCUGGGAAACCAGGUGCCAGUCCCCAGCCAUCUCCCAGGACACCAAAGCCAACCAUCACCUUUUGGCCAAAAACAUCAUCAAUGCUGCCAAGCGAAAAAACAGCCCAUCUCCUGGUGCACUGAGCGGGCACAACCUGCCCAUCUCCCCAGUGAGUGGUGGCAUCGUGCCUUACGAACAAAAACCCAUCAGUCCCUUUCAACCAAGGAUGCUGGGCACUCAGUUCCACAGUCCCUCUCCCACCCGCAUGAUCCACUCUCCAGUGCGCUUGUACAACACCUGCUCGCUCACUGACUCCGAUGCCUCAGUUGAGUCAGAGGAUUCGGGCCUGCGCUCUCCUGGAGUGCGCACCUAUAAUACCUGCCCCCGUGGCUGGACCAGCAGCCUGCAGGUGAAGAGGGGGAGCAUGCCUGAAGAUCUGUAGGAAGCACUUAAGGAUGAUAAUACUAUCAGCCUGAAAUUCAUUGUAGACAAGGAUCCAAAGUAUCCCUUAUAUAUUGAAUGUAAAGAUAGAGCAUUUUGGAUUUGCUGAACAUAGUUAACAUUGCAUAUGUUGCUAUGUGGACUGUGUGAUGGAAUUGUUACCUGUUAAAGGGUAUGUUUAACCAGAAAUGAAAAUUCUGUCAUCAUUUACUCACUGACAUGUUGUUCCAAACCCAUAUAACUCUUUUUUCCCACAGGGUCCUGAUGUUAAAGGGAUAGUUCACCCAACAAUGGGAAUUCUCUCAUCAUUUACUCACCCUCAUGCCAUCCCAGAUAUGUAUGACUUUCUUUCUUCUGCAGAACACAAAUUAUGAUUUUUAGAAGAAUAUCUCAGCUCUCUAGGUCCAUACAAUGCAAGUUAAUGGUGGCCAGAACUUUAAAUCACCAAAAAUCACAUAAAGGCAGCAUAAAAGUAAUCCAUAUGACUCCCGUAGUUAAAUCCAUGUGUUCAGAAGUGAUACAAUAGGUAUGGGUGAGAAACAGAUCAAUAUUUAAGCCAUUUUUUGCUAGAAAUUCUUCUCCCUGCCCAGUAGGGGGCUGCAUGAAGAAGUGAUUCGCCAAAAACACAAAAAGAAGAAUGAAAACGUGAUCUGUUUCUCACCCACACCUAUCAAUACACUUUUGAAGAUACUGAUUUAACCACUGGAGUCUUACGGAUUACUUUUAUUCUGAUUUAUGUGAUUUUUUUGAGCUUCAAAAUUUUUGGCACCAAUUUACUUGAAUUGCAUGGACCAAAAGAGCAGAGAAAUUCUUCUAAUAAUCUUUGUUUGAGUUCAGCAGCAGGGGUGGAGCCACCCCACUCACAAUUGCCAUUUUGGACAUUUUUUGUCUUGGGCACAAUUCCACCAUAUAAUUUAGCAAAAAUUAACUGCCACAGUCACAUAAUUUUCAUGAGAUGAGGUUGACUUUGAUAAUGCUUUUAUUGUACUUUUUGGACAUUUUUUGCACAUCCAUGAACAUUCACUUUAAAUGUAUGAAAAGGAGCAGUUUGAACAUUCUGCCUUACAUCUCCAUGUGUUUAACAGAAGAAAGUCAACAAGUUUUGGAACAACAUGAGGGUGAAUAAAUGUUGACUGAACAUUUUGCAGUGAAACAUUCCUUUAAAAUGAAGUCUUGGACUCAUCUAUGCAGCUUAUAAUGCCUUAUAAAGAAGGCAUUACAUGGAUUCAGAAAAGUGUACCAAAGAACUAUAAUGGUGAUUACCAAAGAGAAAAAUAAUGUGCAAGAAUUUUCAAAGCAGUAUUAGUUAUUAACCUCGUUUUUUAAAUGUAUGUAAUAUAAAAGGGAUUUACACUUUUGCUUUUUUGUACAGUAUUGCUUUGACAAUGUUUGAGAGUAUUGGAAUGUGGUUGCACAAUGACACAAUUUGUAGGUCCGACUCAAGUCAAACUUGGAAGGAAGUGACUGCUUAUUGCUGAUUGUGAGUCAUUUUAAUGUAAUGGUAGAAGGACACAGCAAGGUCUUUACAGUUUGAGAGAGAAUGUUAGGGAUUCUUUACAUUACACAUCCUAUAAAAGGAAGAUGCUGUGGAUUUGAAAUCCAAUGCAGAUUCCAUAUUAGUUUAGUUAUGACAUACAGGACAGAAAUAAAAUAGCUGGUCAUUUUUAACAAAUAUAUCGCACUAGGGUGUGAAACAGGAAAGAGGAGAUAAUACAAAGCAUAAGGAAGUCUAUACAGCCUGAUUUCAUGUAAAAUGUAGGAAUAACCUGAUAGAACUGAUUCCAAUAUUCAUUAAUGCACCUUGCUUAGUUUGCUCUAAGCUUUAUUAUAUUUCCCCAAGAGGGCAAAAAGAGGAGAAAAGAUAAACUGAAUUCUUGCAGAGAUAAAAUGGAGGUAUAUGUGAGUUAAAGGAACAGUACACAAAAAAUGUAAAAUUCUGUUACCAUUUACUUACGAAAACUUACCCUUAUUUUGUUCCAAACCUGCAUGACUUUCAUUCAUCUGUGGAAACAAAAAUCAUUUGAAUGUUAGCCUCAGUCACCAUUCACUUUCACUGUCUGAAAAACAAAAAGGAUGCAAUCAAAGUGAAUGGUGACUGAGGUUAACGUUUUGCCUAACAUCUCCUUUUAUGUUCCACGAAACAAAAAAAGUCAUACAGGUUUGGAAGAACAUGAGGUUGAGUAAAAGUUUGAGUUUGGGGGAACUAUCUUUUUAAAUUUCAUAUAGCAUUGCAGUUUAUCACACAAAAGGGACUAAAGUAAUUCUGCCUUUAGGGUGACUUGAGUUCUGUUGGUACAGUAAGGUAAAGUAGUUUAUUUUUUUAUUUUUAUUUUUUACACAUUGCACACAAUUCAAUAUAUUUAUGGGGCACUUUUAAGGUCUAUCAUAUAUUUAAACUUCACCUCGGGCGCUAUCAGUUUGUCUACAGCAUGCAUUACACUAGUCUGAUAUCUCUCACAAAACACAUUGUAUACUAUGUUUUAGUAAAAGGUAUUUCACACUUCAGAACUUGAUACCAAAUAUUGCCUGGCAUAGUUCUGAAAUCACAUAUUGAAAUCUGCUUGAGCUCAUCACUAGCACUCUUGUAAGGAUUGAAUCUCAUGGGUAAUUUUUGCAUGCACUGAAUACUGGAUCAUAGCACAUGAGAAAGUGAUUCUCUAUGUUGGUAUAUACUCAGAUGUCUAAGUAUUUGCAUGUAGGCAUAGUUUGAUUGACAGGGACAUCAGCUGCAAAGUGACUAGGCACCUUUGGCUAGAAUAAUCUCAGUAUCAAGGAUGCUUCACAACACUUGUGAACCGGUGUGAUCCUUCAUUUGGAAUUCUGGGAGAUGUUAUGCAUGAUUCAACGUACAUUUACAUUUUCUUUAAAGUCUGAUAUCAUGUUUGAGUAACCAGACUCAAUAUUCUCUCUCUUUCUGCAAUUCCUUGUAAAUUAAGUUAAUAAACACAAAUAAAUGUUG